AUGUCGGUUCUUGCACCAGCCCGACGCCUCUGGUUGGCUUGCGGGUUACCAGCGCAAACCAUCGAACAUCUGCACCUUUCUUCCCGUCCUGAUCCUGUCGUCAAGUCUCACUUCAAGCUCGGAACAGCCGCGGAGACUUCCAUUGGCCUCUCAGCGCUCGCGGCUGCGUACUUCCACCAACUCCGAACCGGCGAUAUCGAUGCCCAGGAUGUGAGCGUCGAUGCGCGGCAUGCAGCGAUCGAGUUCAAUAGCGAGAAGUACUAUCUGGUCGAUGGCCAGCCAACCGCGAACGAGCUCUUCGAUGAUUUGGCCGGAGUGUACGAGACGAGAGACGGCCACGUCAGACUGCACACCAAUUUCCCGCAUCACAAACGAGGCAUCCUCGAUAUCCUGGGAUGCGAUGCUCAGCGCGCAUCGGUCGCGGCGGCUCUCAAGGCAUGGUCCGCGCUAGAAUUUGAGCGCAAGGCUAUCGAACGCGGGAUGUGUGCGACCGCACUCCGCUCAUUCGAUGAGCUCCCCCUCUAUCCUAAGGAUCGCGACCUCUCCGCUGUAUCUCCAGUCAGGAUCACGAAGAUUGGAGACGCUCCGCGCCGGGAGGUUUCUGGGGACAAACAGUUCAUACAAGCACUACAAGGCAUGAGAGUGAUUGAUAUGACCCGCGUUCUAGCUGGCCCUGUGUGUGGAAGGACGUUAGCAGCGCACGGGGCCGACGUGCUUUGGAUCACAUCUCCCAACCUUCCCGACCUUCCCGACUUAGAUGUCGACACAUCCCGUGGAAAGCGGACUGCACAACUCGAUCUGAAUGACGCCAAGGCUCGCGACCAGCUCCGCGACCUGCUGUCCGCAUCGGACGUAUUCCUCCAGUCGUACCGCCCGGGUGGCCUCGCAUCUCGUGGGUUCUCGUCUGAGCGUGCCGCCACACUCCGCCCUGGCAUAGUGUGUGCCAACCUUAGCGCAUAUCCGCCCGACUCGGCGUGGGCCGAGGUCAGAGGGUUCGACUCGCUGGUCCAGACGAUGUCGGGCUUCAAUGUGGCGGAGGCCAGAGCGUACGCAGCGUAUAUGCGUGCGCAGGGCGCGGAAGCUGACGAGCUCGCCGCGCUGCCUCCGUACCGCGCUUUGCCCAUGCAGGCGCUCGACCAUGCAGCAGGGUAUUUCCUCGCAUUCGGGAUUGCCGCGGCGUUAUGCAGGACAAUAACGGAGGGCGGCAGCUGGGAGGUCCAUGUCUCGCUCGCAGAGACGAUGCUGUGGAUCAAGAACCUCGGCACGCUCGACCCCGCGCAGGCAUUUGGAGAAGAACUCGCGCUGCCAACAAAGGCAUCGUUACCCCCGCACCCUGAGAUUGCGGGCCUUUACACGACGUUGGAGGAGUGCCUCGCCGGCUCAGCUGCGGAUACCGCACAAUCGGGACCGAGACGCACGUUGACCGCGAUACGGCACUCUGCAGUCAUGUCUCGCACACCUGUACGGAAGGGUUGCGCGCCGAUGAAACCCAAUGCUCAAUGUGUUGGAUGGAGUACUUAG